AUGUUGCACAGAAAGAAAAUGGACUCUGGAGAAGAAGAUGCUGGUCUCUACCUGCAAGAAAGCAAAUGUAUUACUGACUUUUUCAGACCAACUCUGAAACCAGACAGAACUGUGUUGUGCUCUCCAGAAAAAGGAAAUGGACAUGCUGGACAUACAGUUUCAUGUGUAGACCAUCUUAAAAAAAGCAUAUCUUCUUCAAAGCAAAAUAGAAAGAAGAAAUUGCCUUGUUCACUAUCAGGCAGAAGCCCAAUAAUUGAUGCUUUAUUCCGAAAGGCUAAGUCAGAGAAAAACAACAGUCCAGAAAAUGGUGUUUGCAAAAUAUUGAAGGCUAAUCAUCCAAAACCUGUGGUUCGGAGACUGUUCAUAUCUAAUGCCUUACCUGACGGUUCUUUCCUAUUAAAAGAUAUUUACACAACAAAUUUGGAAAGAAAUGAGAACAAUUCUGUUCGGACAAGAACACAUUUAAUAGACAAUAGUAAUAGACAACAUAAAACAGAACAUGAAGAUCUAGACACAACUGGUUCAAGCUUGAAUAAAUGGCCUUCCACUUCAGGAAAUAACAGUCUGAAGAAGCAGAGCGACGUAACUCAGUGUCAAAAACCAGUCUAUUCCAGGUUGCCACAAGUCAGUUCAAUUAGUUCUUCAUCUCCGGAAUCGUUAGGAACUCUUUGCAGAAAGAGACAAGAGAAGGACACCAAAGAUUUCUUAAGAAAAGAUUCAAGCUCAGUUUCACUGGAAUCUUCUUCAGAUGAAUCUUCUUCAGCACACGCUUCAAAAAAUGUGUUUCAUUCAGGAUUAAACUCUGAUAAAACUAUUGUCACAAAAAGCCAGCCCAAUCCUACAGCAUAUUCCAGUGCUAUACCUUCAUUUGGAAUAGCUAACCAUAAACAUGCUAGAAAACGGAAAAGGAUUUCAUCAAAAACAAAUGUGAAAAAUUUACAGAAUGUUCAGACGUUAAAUAAACACAGACUUGGUAGUUCGCAAAUUCCCCAUAAUACUAAUUAUUCAAAACACAGAAUAUCUUCUCACAAGAAUUUACACUCAGCAGAUAUAGAUUGGCCUAGCAGUGACUUGCCUAUUUCAGUAGAAAAAUCUGAAGCUGAAAAUAAAUCAAAUGGAUACAUUAUAAAUAAAAAUGACCAAAUCCAAAUUUCAGAUACUAGCAAGAGGAAAUUACAGACAUCUACUUGUCAUAUUUAUUUAGAAACAAGAAGAAAUAAUGAUUCUACAGUUCCUUCAGAAAAAAAUGCUGAGCAACUUGGAUCUUCCUUGGGAGAGUGUGACAGUGUUGUCUCACUUGAAGAUAGUUCUUGUGACACUAUUCCUAAUUCUUCAUAUAACUUAAAUAAAUCUAACAAUGAAGCAUAUGAGUUAAUUCAAAAAUUAAAGAGCAUUUCUGAUAGUGAUGAUGAGGCCUCUGAUUGCAGCGUGGUCAGUAGUGAAGAAGAGACACUCAUCCCUCUUGAAAAAAUACUAUUACAGAGUGUCAGGCCAGCUGCAAAAAAGUCAGAAGAAGCUAUGAAUAAGGAUAAAAUAGCAAGCACAAUUUCUACAACACAUAAUGCUUCUCUUUCUAAACCUUUUAUUGAGCGUGGUGCCUCAUACAUGAAUCAUUUGGAGCAUCUCCUGAAAGAGAAGGAAGAGUUAACGAGGGUAGAUGAAUUAGAGAACCAACUACAGCAAGUCAAAGAGAUAGUUGAAAUAAACUCUGAACCUGAAGAUCGAUCUACUGAUGGUGAAUUAUCUGCUGAACAUAGAGAAUUUAUAGAAAGAUACUCAUUCAGCCAGGAUGCUAUUCCCGACCACCACCCUGGAGAAAACAUAUUUCAAAUAGUGAAUGCUGGGAAAAUCUUCAGCCAGAAUAAUCUUGAUUUGAGAAACUUUGGUUUUCAUCCUCAAAAUCUGAUUGAAAAAUAUCUUCUUAGAUCUGGAAUAACACAGCAGCUUUUUGUAACUGUUGAAGGCUUACUUGCAUCUACUUACCAUAAUUCUCCUUGUCCUGUACCAAUUUUAAAAUGGAUGUUUCAGAUGAUGUCAAUUCACCCAGAUAGCACAGUUUCAAGAAAAAUUUUGGAUACGUUGAUGCUAUUAACAAUUAGAAAUUUUUCUGAUAAGAAUGACCAACAGAAGCCAUGGAUUCCAUCAUUAUUUGAUAUAACAACCGUGUUAAUCAAUAUGGGUAUUUCCUUCAGUGUGUUAUUUCCUUUGCAACAUUUUCAGCCUGGCUUUACUGAAAAUGAUAUUGUGUGUGAAAUGCAUGUAACUGUGAAUAAACAAUCAAAAAGAGAUAUCUGUAUAAACCCAACAGCUUUCUUUCUUCCAAUAGAGAGCAAUCUUUGCAAUAUAGCAAAGUUUCUGCGAUUGUGUAUAAAUGUGUGUCCAGAAAGUUACACAGACAGAGAAAUAUUUAUGUUGCUAUUGUUACUAUUUAAAAUAAGUUUGGAGACAGAACUGAAGCAAUUUCCACUAGUAGACUUGGAGUGCCUUAUUAUAAAAUUGCUUGAAAACGUCAGAAACUGGGAUACUGAGAUGUCCCAAUUAUCCUUGGCAAUAAGUUGUUUAUCCAACCAUCAUCAUAAUCUAUUGUGGCUUGUUCAGUUUGUCCCCAAUUGGACAACUCGUGGAAGACAAAUAAGACGACAUCUUAGCUUGGUAAUAAUCUCAAAACUUCUUAAAAGCCAUGUGAAAAUACCCAGUAGCCAUGAUCAUCAGAUGUCACUACUGUGUAAGGAGCUAGUGAAGAUGAAACCUUCAAGUCUGUUAAAGAGUCUGUCAGAAACUUCAGGACAUCAUGAUGGUGUUACAGAGCCUUUUCUUUCUGAAUCUGAGCCGCAGGCCUAUUAUCUGACUUAUGUCCUCCUUCACUUGGUUAGGGAAGCUAGCAAUUUUGAGCAUACAAGUUCCAAUCAAAGAAAAUGGCUGUUGAGACUCUGUAGCACCCUUGAAAAACAUGUAAAGUGUGAUAUUAGGGAAGACGUCAGAUUGUUUUACAGAACUAUGGUAAAAGACUUAGUUGCUAGAACAUACAGCAAAUGGCAGCAAAUGAUACAUAGUUCUCAGCUUACUCAGGGUCAGAUCCAUGACUUUUGGGUCCCAGAUACUUAAAAAAAUAGAGACUGGAUGAUCAAACGACCAAGAAAAUGAGUGGGAAGACUACACUAUUGUCUAAGAAGAGGCAUUCUUGUAAAGUGCACUUAACUUCCCCAAUUAUUUAAUUGAGCAACUUUGGUAAACUGUAUUUUUUAAAAGAUCCUUUUGACAUUGAGAAAGUUGCUUCUUUCUACAUAAUAACAAUAUCUUGCUUUUCUUAAGUCAAUCUAAAUUGGGUGAAUACAUUUUUUUAAAAAAUCAACAUCGGAUUAUUUUGUCCUUUUUACAACAAAUAUGGUUCUUACAUUCCUACUGUGAAACAGCAUUUAAAAACCAUCAUUGGUAUUUGUUUUCAGUUUUGAAGAUGCUUCUCUGGUAACUUUACAAUAGUAUUAGUUGUACGUAUAUGGCUUUUAACUUGCAUUAUUAACCUAUUGAAUGUUAGCUUUUGAAAUGGAAAGAAACAGUAAUGUAAUAGAUGACACAGAAACUACAGACCUAUAAAAAUUGGAAAGUAAGUUGGAAUUUAUUCUGUUACUUACAAGUAAAUUUGGAUAGUCUGCAGCUUUAUAUUUAUAAUAAAGGGGUUAAGAAAUCAGACCUAACCAGUCUGUAUUGUUCAAAUGUUUAAGAUUGCUGGUUGGCUAUAACUUACAUUCAGGUAUUCAUAGAUAUUAUAUGCUGAUAAAUUGAUGCAAUAAUUUGGUCAAUCUUUUAUAUCAGAAUUCAUAUAUUCCUCUGUUUAUAUCAGUGGUCCCCAACCUUUCCACCUUGGCAGCCCAGUGCAGAGGGGCAUGUGAGUGGCUGGUGCAUGUGUGUGCGCAUAGCUCCAUUUAUGCAAGCGGUGUGCAUGCAUUCUGCUCGCACAAAUGGAGCUUUGCACAUGAGUAGAGGAUGCUUGCGCUUGCACGUGAAGCUCCACUUGUGUGAGUAGAGGGCGCUCACACAUGAAGCUCCACUCACACAAGCGGAUAGCACUUGCACUCACACACAUGCUUGCCCAUUUAUCCCACAUCCCCGUUUCAAACAAUUGGGGACCCCUGGUUUAUAUCACACUUUGGACUAUGUUUUAUUCUAUAACGUGAACAUAAAUUAUAGAGUCCAUAAGUUUCAGUCUUAAUAUAAACGUGUAUAUGUAUGUGUGUGUAAAUACAGUUUGUGUGUAGUUUUAAUCUGAAAACUUGCACUGCCAUAUCUGUAAAUAAACAAAAUUUUAGAAGCCAUACAAAUUAAAUGCUUUAGAAAUAGUAUAUAAAAAAUAGUUGACUUUUAUAUUUACAUUUAAAUCAAAAUAGUCAUCUCAAAUAAAGAAAUGGCAAAAUAAAUGGUAUAAAUUGCUAUUAUCUAAGUGUGCAAUAAGCACCGGUAAAUCAUUCAGGAACUUUACCUUUAUUCAGUGGAUUGUGGUUUAUACCUCAGAAGUGUAAAUCUGGUUCUGACUUUUAAUGCUGUUGAGAGUUUCAUUAAUUCCAGUAUAAAGUUUUAAUGGAACAUGUUACUUUAGAAGGAAUAAGUAAGGAUAUAUUUUAUUAUUAAAAUAUUAGAUUUUAUUGAUUCUUCCUGCAUUCUGUGCCUAGUGUACAAAUAAUUCCUAUGUGCAAUUAGAAAUAAUUUCUGCUUUCAUGAGAUGUUGCACACUUCCUCUGCAUUCUCUUGGCUGCAGCACCUUAGAUUGCAUUGAAGACUAUUGUAGAAAGUGUAGUAACUGCCAAGAGCCGAAUGCUUAGGAAGCCAGCUAUCCUAACAGAAACAGCCUGGCAUAUCUGCAUAGUCAUAAAGGCAUGGACAGAGACUUUUUCUUAAAGUGUACUUUUGAAUGAACAGUUGUGCCAAACUUUUAAAGAGAGUACAGAAAAUGCUAUUUCAAUUGCAAUGUAUAUUAUGUAUAUUAUGUAGUGUGUAUAUACAAUACACAUGUCCAUUAUGUAUAUUGUGUAAUAUCUAUAUAUUAUGUGAAGAAAUAUGAUUUUUUGUUUUUUACAGUUUUUCAAGAAUGUUCAGACAAAACUCCCAAUUCAACCACUUUAAGUGCAAGAAUAACAUUUACAUUAACAUUGAUUACAAUUCACAGUAAAUUGCAAAUAUGUCACCCUUGGUAUAUUCUAAAAAACAGAUGAGGACAGAAUCCCCCCUUUGAAAAAUAACAUUUUAACUGUAGGGUCUUGCAGCAUUCCAGGCUAAUUCAUUCCAGUUGUUUAUUCAUCCCAGUUAUAUGCAUUUGUAUUCUUAAAUAUUAUACAACAGGCAUGUUAGUAUAGUUCUUACAAACUCUGUAAGCAUAAUCUCUCCAAAAAUGUUAUUUAUAGAUCAGACUUCUCCAGCUAUUCAGGUUCUUGGUACUCCUAAUAUUAAAAUUCUGUUUUGUUUUGUCUUGAAUGUGCAUUUUUUUUUAUUCAGGCUGCACAACCCAGCUUGAGAUUUAUACAGCAUAUGAAUGUAUUUCUUGAAUAGAAUUUAAGUUAUAAGAUAUUUAAUUUUAUAAUUCUUGCUUUAACAAGGUAUAUGAACUAGGCUCUAUGUUUUUCACAAACCAUGGUUAAAAUUUUCUAAGAAAAGUUAAUCCAAAAAGUAGAGAAUCAUAAGCCAAUGAAAAUACAACACAUUAGCUAUGGUUGUGCUUCAAUUUUCUUAAUUUAGUUAUCUUCGUGUGUGUUGGACCUUAACUCCCAUAAUACUCAUGUUGUGAAAAACUCAUAUAAUAUUCUGAUUUCAAGUUAGAACCUAUCUAAAUAAUACAUUUAGGCUUUUGGGUAUAACAAUCAAAGAAUAAUUGUUGGACACUAAUGCAAAAUACUUCUAAAAGUUCAAAUAUACUGUAUUUUGUAAGUGUAAUUGUAUACUUUGUAAUUGUACACAAGAUACUGAAUCAUAAAUUAGCCAGAUAUAUUUUAGCUUCAUGGAUCCGGGACAAAGCUGAACAAGUAAAUUGAUUUAAUGAGACAGACUUUCUUGGGCAUCCUUAAUAUCUCAGUAAUUUUUUUAUUGGACAGUUAGGACAAUAGCGUUUAUUAAGUAGUAACAUAAACCCUGCGGUGCUGCAAAGCAGUUUUGGAACUGCAGCAAUAAGACAUGAUUAAAUUUAAUCUUAGUGGGUCCUAUCAACAGCCCAACUCAACAAUCAAAUAACAGAAAUAUACCAUCAUCCCAACCUGUUCUUUUGUGAGGACCUCUACAUUAUCGGCAAAAGCUUACGAAGACUCACACAUAAGUCAUUGGCAUACAUUCACCCAACCCCAAGAUAGUACUUGCUGUAUCUAAAGUGAACUAAUUAUGAUAAUAUACCCACCUGCACAGGAAGGGUAAUGCACUCACAGACUAUUAUUGACCUGCCUAUAUAAUAAGAUCUAGUUUUUCAGUUAAGUUUGGUUUGGUUUAUAAUAAGAUCCAGUUUAGUUUCCAGUCAGGCAUGACUAGAAAGAGGAAAUCUUUUAUCUUUACCUUUAUUAUAAGAUCACAGGCUGGGAAUCAUUGAUACUGGACAUUUUUUACAUACUAUUAACAGUAAUCUAAAAAAAUUAUAACAAAAUCAGCUGCAGGUAAGGACAGAUGAUAUUCCACAAGUCUUUAAAAUCCUGUCUGUUACCCAGACCUUGGGUAGGGUGGUCCAAGGAGCUCUAUAGGUGAUGAAUGUAUCAGAGGGAAUGAGACACACAGGAUUAUUUGCUAUUUUUUUUACUGUUUUCUUUACUGUUGAUUUAAGCUGCCAAAUUUUCAAAUCAAAUUUGCAUUCGAGUCAUAGACCAGUAUAAAUGCCAAAGUUAUUUUGGAGUCAGACAGCCUCUCCAUCUGAUAUUAUGGAGAGCAAACUACUACAGAGAACAGGACUUCUCUAAAUAAUAUACUACUGGAAGUAUAUAAAUGAGGAUCUUUAAUGGAAGCUAUUCCUUUAAUUCAGUACUCUCUUCUAGGCAUGUUUCCAUUAUUACUUUUUAUAAUAAGAAUUAAAAUUAAGGAAAAGAUUCAUAAAUUGAAUGCUGGAAUAUAUUAAAAAGCUGUUCUGAUUAAAGGAUUUGUAUCCAAGUAUGCUGGCUGGGGAAUUCUGGGAGUUGAGAUCCACAUAUCUUAAAAGUUACCAAGGCUGAGAAACACUGUUUUAAAUCAACCAUAAAUAGAGAUCAGUAUAUGAUUUCCACUUACCAAUAAGCUUUCUGGUAAGGCCAUCUCUCUAAAUAUUGUACAUUAAUUUUCUUUUUGCUUAGCUUACUACUUUAACAAAUUUUUGAACAUGCAAGCAGUAUAUGCAAAAUGAAGUUUACUGCUGUUCUAUUGAAGAUUCCAAAUUCAAGCAAGACUCUGGCACCCUGUCUUGAUGGUUUUAUUCCUUAUUUCCAUCUGAUGCACCUUUUUUCAGUUCUUCCUGUAUUUGCAAAUGUUAGUGCAACUUUAAAUGAUGUACAUGAAACUGCAAUUCAGAUUCUUAUGCACCCUUGCUUAAUAUAUUGAUUUCAAAAUGUGAAUCAUUUCCCUUCAACCUCUCUUGAUUUUAAAUCUAUAGAGCCAGAGAGUUUGCAAAUGUAGGGGCAGAGUUUAUAGUGAUGAUUAGAUCAGACUUCAGUGGCUUUAUCUGGCUAUUCAUAUCAAAACUAUUCUAGUUAUUUCUUCUUUAAAAAACUGCUUAUGGCUUUGGAUUUUUUCCCCUGCAUAAUUAUAGGUGUCUCUAAUUAUACAGCCAGUUAAUUUUUAUUUAAUGCUGCUAGAUAUUUUGUUUUUACUGAGCUGUUUCUUGUUUGUGUUUGUACUGGUGUAAUAUAUAAUUAAAACUUUUUAAAA